CGUUUUAAUAUUAUAUGUUUUUAGAUGAGAAUGUAUCAGUAAGUGGAUUUAUACUCUUUACAGUAAUCUUGUAAUACAUACAUUGUACAGCUGUACAGAGGUAUUAAAGAAUGGAGGAGGGAAAUAUUAUAAUCUUGGCGCCAGGACAAACAGGCCUAGGCUGUGAAAUCUGUGUUGUUUGUGGAGACAGGGCUUCAGGACGACACUAUGGUGUAGUUUCCUGUGAAGGAUGCAAAGGAUUCUUUAAAAGAUCAAUGAGAAAAGAUCAAGGAUACAGAUGCAGAGUAAACAAUGACUGCAAUGUAAACAAGAACUAUAGAAACAGAUGCCAGUACUGCAGAUUACAAAAGUGUCUUGCGAUGGGGAUGCGAAGCGACAAUAUUCUAGCUCAAAGGGUAAAUAUUGCCACACCCCGGCCGGCUCAACCGAAAGAUCAGAAUAAGAAUGGUAUUCGAAUAUUUACACCUCCCCCCACAUCAUCAAUUAGAAACAGCUCAGACAAUCAGCAGCCAGAAUAUUUAAUGGACGACGACGAGAUAAUGGACAGGGAUAAUGACAACACCAUUGAGUACGACACCUCCUCCCUCACUUCCGUCAUCGGGAGAAUGACCAAGGCGAUCCUGGAGAUCCCUGAAGAUGUAGUUGAGGAAAUACGUGAGCUACCGGAUACCUUGAUUACUCCGGACAAUUUGGAGUUUAAAAUCAAGAUGUCUGACAAACCUGAAGUGUUUAAUGUUUACUUUAUCUGCGAGGCAGCCUCUCGUGUUCUAUUUGAGACAGUCCGUUGGACUCGCUCUGUACAGGUAUUUGAGUCUCUUCACGAAACAACAAAGACAAAAAUCUUAUCCAAGAGUUGGUCAGACAUCUUUGUCCUUGGUCUUGCACAGUCUAAAGAGGCCCUUCAAUUGGACUCAAUUCUUGAAUCUAUCUGCUCUCAGCUGGAAUCAGUUGCCUCAAUGGAUCGUGUCUCGGUGUCCCGGGUGAGACAGGUGACAUCUACCCUCACCAAGAUCAAGGAGUAUAUCAAUGCUCUCUCCAAGCUAGACCUUGAUCAAACCGAGUUUGCGCUUGUCAAGGCAAUUGCAAUAUUUGGAGCAGAUCAGCUGUCUGUUAACUCUGAAUACUUGAACCUGAUCUGUGAUCAGCUGGUGACCGAACUACGUGAACACGCGGCAACUGUGCAUCCAGAUGACCCAAACCGGUUUUCAAAGCUUCUUCUCCGACUCUCUCCACUUCGGUCUCUCCAGAGUGACGUCAUCGAGGAGAUUUUUUUUACUGGACUCAUUGGGAACAUACAAAUAGAUACAAUUAUCCCGUACAUACUACAGAUGGAUAUGGAUGAGUACAACACUUCAGGUGCAGCAGAUGGGUCAGAUGAAUUGACAGAUAAAGCAGAUGGUUGUUAAGAGUGAACGUGUGUUGAAACAUUCAUUUAUUAUAAGUGAUCAUGUAUAUGCACAUAUGUACAUAUGUACAGCAAAUCUUGACCCAGUUCUAGUAUAGUCAUUCAUGUUAUUAAUUUAAACAGUGCAUUUAUCUUACAUUCCAUUCAUUAUAUACCCUACAGGGACAUAAUGUUCUCUAGAUAGUCCUGCCCACAGGGAUAUAAUAUUCCUUCCUAUCUACAGGGAUAUAAUACUCCUGUUAACAGGGAUAUAAUACUCCUGUCUAUGGGGAUUUAAUAGCCUUAAAAUAUUAAAUACCUUGAAUGGAAAAGUAAAGCAUUUUAUUAAGCAAUUAAGAUUUCAAAAACCUAUGAAACAAAAAACUAAUUAAAGCUUUUACCAAAUUCAAGGUGUUCAAAACUUUUUCAAAAUCUUAAUUUCUAUACUUACUUUUUUAUAUUUGAUGAGAAAAUUAUUCGUAUGUAGUUUUGAUUGUAAACCUUUAAAUAAUAUUUCUUAUGUUAAAACACACAAUAUUAAUGUCCUACAGAUAACCAACGUAAUAAUUUAUAACAUUUUUGUUUUGUUUUAUGCACACGUAAAACCUUUAAUUUUAAGUUUUGAAAGUUGAUAAAAUAUAUGUGUCCUUAAAACAAUAUGUAUAAGAAUAUUCGCAAAAAAAUGUAAAAUUAAAAUCUAAAAAAUUCGAAAAAUUUGUUUCCUAAAUUUCAAAUUGUUGCACCGAGAAAAUCCAGUGAUUUUUGUUCCCGCAUUUAUGUAAACAUUGUGAUGAUUCGUCCAGUUGAACUAAAUUCUUCAGAAAAUUACACUAAAAGUGAUUAAUUUCAUACUCUUCAGAUUCUCUAAUACGCAAGGUUAGAUUAAUAAAAAGCAAGAAAUCUC